AUGGAUUCCAACGCAACAACUGAUCAUCAUCUGCCGGCCAUCACGACGGCCCAUUUCAACACCUCGCAACUGUUUUCGCCUCUGUUCAACGCAUCGUUGGGACGACCAGUAUCCGUCAGUCUGCUAAGCAACAAGAUAUUGGCCGUAACGUUGAACGCCUUGGCGCUGGUCUUAAUGUUGACUAAAACGUCACUACAGACACCGUUCAACGUGUACGUACUGGCCUUAAUGUGCAGCAAUGUAGCAUUUGUGGCGGUGGAUUAUACCAUAGUUGCAGUCGCGGAUGCGUACGGAUGGUUGCGCCUAGGCAAUUUCGUUUGCACCAUGCGGCUGUAUUCCUUAUACAUACUGCCCUCUCUGAUCUACCAUUAUCACCUGCUUAUCACGUUGAAUCGCGCAUGGGCGCUCUUCGGGCCAAUUUCUUACCGUGCCCGCCACAAUCGCACGACGGCUGCAGUUAUAUGUGUCGCCGUGGUCGUAUACGUGCACCUGUUUAUGCUGCCGCAAGUAAUACGCGAUGACCUAUACUAUCGUUUACCGUUGGAGAAAGGCUGCCGGCUCAAUACCGCCCGCCAGUUCACUUGGACAGAAUUCACCAACAUUUUAAUUUAUGAUGCACCAUGCGUGAGCAUCUUCCUCGCUUAUCCAUUUUUACUUUGGAAGAUGUUGUCGCGGCGGCAGAUAAGACCGGCUGAUAGUACCAACGCCGAGCAGCGUCGACUGAAAGGGACGCAGGAAUCUCUCCGGCGACCGUUUAUACUGCUGACGCUGUACACGUGCAGCACCAUGGUGUGCUGGCUUCCUACUAUCUGCUACUAUACGAUUCUAAGCGGUUAUCCCACUGUGCAACUGGGUGCCACCUUCUAUCAAGCCCAAUCCAUCCUGUACAAUCUGCAAUCGAUCUUGGAUCCCUUGUUCUUCUGCCUCACCCUGGGCAAUGUGAAAAACUGUGACUUGUGA